AUGGGCUCUGUUCCGCCUGUCACUUCCGUCACCGGUCAAUCUACACAACAUAGCCAGCCUUCUGAAGUCUCACAAACCGCUGCAGAUUUCAUCGAUGAGCAAUUAGCCCUAGAAGCCGAUGCUCGAGAGAUCCUGCCUUAUAAAUUCGACAAGUGCACGCACGAUCUUGGUGCAUUACGCCAGAGUGUAUUCGCUUGCCUAACGUGUUGCCCACCACCUGCGUCAGCAGCACAACUCUACACUUCUGCCGGUGUGUGCUACUCCUGCUCAAUAUCCUGUCACACUGAGCACACCCUCGUUGAGCUAUUCAAUCGGCGAGAUUUCGUCUGCGACUGCGGCACAACAAGAAUCCAGUCCGGCGAGCCAUGCACUUUACGCUCGGAUCCAAGCACUGGCAGCCGUGGAGUCAGCGGUCAACAAGCUUCGCCAGGGAACCACUACAAUCAGAACUAUCAAAACAGAUUUUGUGCCUGCGGAGAAGAGUAUGAUGCACAUACGGAAAAGGGUACUAUGUUCCAAUGCCUCGGGCUAGGCACUGUCGAAACAGGGGGAUGCGGAGAAGACUGGUACCAUCCAGAAUGCUUGAUGGGACUGAGCCGUGAUUGGCAUCAGGCUAUUCAGACACAGGAGGGCGAGAAGGAAGCGACGGAAGAAGAAAUCAGCCAUCCAGUCCCACCGGGCUUUCCUGGGGAGGAGGAUUUCGAGUCGUUGAUCUGCUACAAAUGCGUUGAGUCCAAUCCAUGGAUCAAGCAAUACGCGAGCAGCCCAGGGUUUCUAAAGCCUGUGUUCAAGAGCACUACCAAUUCGGUUGUCAAACCCGCAGCCGAAACAGUAUCGUUCUCGACAGAGCCACCGAGCCUCAAACGUAAGGCUUCCGACAGCGACCUCGAUGAGGCUCCAGCAAGUCCAACUAAGCGCGUUAAGGACGCAGAGCAGAUCUCAUCUAAUGAAAUUGCUGCUCGCAAAGUUUCAGCAGAAGAACAAAAAACUGCAACCCCUCUACUACCUCAUAAACACGAUGCACUUGCAGCAGCACCCGAAGGAAUAUUCAGCUUGUUCCUCAAAUCCGAUUUCCGAGACCACCUUUGCCACUGCCCCAAGUGCUACCCACACCUAAUCCCCCACCCCCAACUCACCGAAGAAGAAGAAUCCUAUGAGCCAUCAAUAUCAGACUCCGAGGCCUCGGGUCCCAACGACCGACGCUCUGGCACCCACUCACACGGCACCGCGAGCCUCCUGGACCGCGGCGAGGCCGCACUGUCGACCAUGGACCGUGUGAAGGCAAUUGAGGGUGUGAUGGUCUACAACCACCUGCGCGACAAGGUCAAGGCCUUCCUCAAGCCGUACGCCGAGAGUGGCCAGGCUGUCUCCGCCGAUGACAUCAAGGCGUAUUUCGAGAAGUUGCGAGGUGAUGAGAAUGGGAUCAAAGCGGCGGGGGCGAAGCCCACGGAUGGUGAUGCGGACGGUUCUGAUAAUAGGAGGGAACAGUCUGGUUAUUGA